AUGUCGAUAUCCGUCUACUUCGGGCACAACGGUCGCCGCCUCUCCCUCGACCCCAGCGUGAUCAGCACCCUUGAUGCUGUGCGCGCCUCGAUWCACUCGCAGACGGGAAUCCCACUGCGCAGUCAGAUCUUUUUGACGACAUCCGGCAGACCCGUUCGGACUCAGACACUGUUGACAGAGAAUGAACUCUUUGUCUAUGACUCAGACUGGCUGGCAGUACCAACAUCGAGUUCGCAAACCAGUGAUAAUGACGGUGACGAGGACUGCGAAGACUUCGACCCUGGCGCGGCACCUGAUACCCUUACCAACCAAAACGACUUCCAGGCAUGGCUCACGCUGUUCAAACUGAGGACGGCAUGGGCUGCGGCCUUGUUGGAAGGAUGUACUGAACGUGCGAAGCUGGCCGAGAAGUACCAAACUGAGCAGGCGGUUAUUGAGCGAAGCUUGGGAGUGGCCGUGAUCAGCAUGCAACAACACAUCAAGAUCGGAGAAAGGAGGUACGUCCAAAGCAGCGUGUGGAAGAAUGAACUGGUACAAGAGCAGGCAACCCAUGCUGAGAGGUGGGAGGAGAACUUGGACAGCCUGCGCCGUAUUCCUGCGCGGGCAGAAUUCACACGCUUCAUUCAGCCGACAACGACCACAACCACACCAGGGUCAAGACGCAACUCCCAACAGCAGCUCGUAUCAUUACAGGGCUUUGUUGAUAUCGCGGCGGUCAGACAGGCUGCAUCUUCUGCACAAUUUCUCGUCGAUGAUGUCUCUGCUAGGAUACACAAGGUCCGCGAGGAGCUCGACGGAUGUACCGAAAGCAGCAACGAGCUUCAACAGGCUGUAGAGCAAAUUGGUAACAACUCUGUGGAUUCAAGCGGUUUAGAUCCCUCGCAGCUUGUCCAUGAGAUCGAACUGGUGGUCACGAAGAUGGCGUCCGACCUGAGCCAUGUUCAAAAUCUUCCAAAGACGGCACAAAACCUAUCGCAAGCUUCCAAAACGGCACAUCUUCACACCCGCACCUUCCUACCCAAUCUUCUCGACUACUGUAGAGAGAUGAACGAAAUAACUCAAAGAUCCCGCGAUCAACGAGCCGCUUCUCUCCAAUUAUCCUGGCAGCACAUGCGCACGCUAUCGGAGGUAGAAAUCCGACUUGCCAAGCUAUAUCAGGACAUCGAACAUCUCGAUCUACCCGAAGACCAACAACAGUCGUUCCAGAUGAUGGGCAUCGUAUCACGACUGCCUAUCGUGUACGGGCAUCUUCUGGUAGAAUCCGUAAGAAGACGCGAGUGGGUGGCCAAGAUGAAGCGAGAUUCUUCUACCCUCCAAGAAGAGGUCGCGACAUACCAGGACGAAGAAGACAGGCGUCGGAAAAAGUGGGCUCGUAAUGUAGAAGACGUCGUGGGAUCUGACGCGCUACAAAGCCGUGUUCUCGGUAUCGAGCUCAGCCUCCGCAAUGAAGGUGGAAGCUGGCCUGUCGUCAGCCGAGAGGAGCUGAACGAUUACCAUGCGACGUUGCUGAAGGUAUACGGAGCAUCACCUGUGACGGAAGAGAUUGGCCAGGCUAUUGCAGAUCUGGACAGACCUACAAGGAAGCAGAUCAAGCACGCAAAGGCUUUCAAAAACGGUAGCAUGCACGAUGCAGCAUUUGGCGACACGUCUCUUCUCCUCCGUGGUGAUGAACAAGCAAAAGGCCUUCGCGAGGUGAAUGCACGCUUAGAGGAGGAGAUAAGAGCGCAGAAGAGUCGUGUGCGUAAGCUUGAGGACUUGCUUCAUCGGCAGAGUCAAAUAAGCAGAGCGAGUGUGGGAGACGUCUUCACCCCCACAAGCGAAGGCACUUUUUCUGGACGAAUCUCGACACCUCCAAUGGGCGCGGGGCAUCAUUUCUCUGAUGACGCCUCCAGGCGCAAUUCAUUGAGCCAUCAGCGGAGGGGCUCUACAGCUCAGCCAGGUCUGGAGGAGAAGAAGCUUGCCAAGCGAAUAGUAGAUCUUGAAGCUGAACUACGGACCCACAAGGAAGAAGCGCACGUCAGAAAGAGCUCCGAUGCAGAACAACAGAAGCAAGUAGAGGAUGCGAUUUCCAUUAAGAAGGAUCUGAUGGAAAACAUGGAGGCGCAGCAGCGAGAAUUUGCUGAUGAGAGGCGAGCACUUGAGAAGGAGUUGCGUGAGAUCAAGUACAAGCUGGAGGAGGCCGAGAAUGAGAUUGAACGCAUCGCGGAUACGCGCGAGAACAUCGACGAUGAGAUUGUGAGGUUGAAAGAAGAUGCGGCUGGCCAUGCCGCAAGAGCUGCAACCGAGCACGAUGCUCGCAACUCACUCGAGUGGAAAUUCAAUCAGGCUGAGACUGCGAGAGCCAGUGCAGAGGAAGAGCUGUCAAAGCUUCGCAUUGAGAUCGCUCAAAGGCAGGAGGGAGAAGCCGAGCAGCUCCAAUCACUCGCCGCAGCUCAUAGGCAUCUCUCUCCAAACGGCGAGUCUCCGAACGGUCUCAUUGGGCUCGCAACAACACUCGAGGAACUCACGCGAAAGUCUGCCGCUCAUGCGAAGGAUCUGGAAGAAGCUGUGGCCUUUGCCAAGUCAGAGAAUGAGUCCUUGUGGUCUAGCAACGAGCGGCAAAAGGCAGAACUUGCGGCCCUUACCGCGAGACAAUCCGAGUCUGAAGAUCAAGUUCGUCAAGCCAAGGAGAAGCUUGCCACCGAGGAGGCCAAAGCCAAGUCUCUGGAAGAACAACUCGCCCAAGAACAGGAGCAGCUCCGUUCGCUGCGUAGCAAGUUUGCCGAAGGUGAGACUGGGUCUGAAGUCUUGCGACAACGUGCGACCGAUCAGGAAGAGCGGGCUGGUAAGCUCAGUUCCGAAUUGGCAGAAGCAAAGUCACACGUCAACAGUCUUGACAUUGAGCUCAUGCGGGUGACGAAGAAGCACGAGCAACAGAUUGCCACCGCUACAACGACUUCUGAGAGAUUGGAGAAGCGUGCUGAGCGUGCAAAGGAGAUAUCGCAGAGGCUGUACUUGCAAAAUUUGCGUCUCAAUCGUUUGCUCGAGCGACUAGGCCUGGUUGUGUCAUAUCAAAACGACACCAUGGUCAUCGAGCGUGCUUCUAGAUUGGCCGCCAGCACCACCAUUCUCGACUCAAGCCGGAUGGGUUCAAUCGUGUCGCCGCCUCAUACAAGGAAGUCUUCAGCUGCUGAGGCAGACUCUCAGGCUCCUGCCGAUCUUCGCCUCCUGCACUGGGCCGAUGCCCAGACUCUCGAAGACGAGGCAAGCUCAUUCGAAGCAUUCCUGAGCUAUGUCUCCCGUUUCGACCUCGAUGCCUUCUCCGAAGCCGUCACGAAGAGGGUCAAGGACUUUGAGUAUACCGCGAAGAAGUACAGCAAGGAGUCAAAGGAGUCCACCAAGCGUGCUGACGCCUACAAAGACCGCGCCAUGAAGCUGAGAAACGAAGCGCAUUCCAAAAUUGCCGUUCGCGACUUCAAAGAAGGCGACCUAGCGCUCUUCCUACCAACUCGUGGAGGACAAAUCAAGGGUGGGGCCUSGGCUGCGUUCAACAUCAACUGUCCUCAUUACUUCCUUGCGGAACGCGAUGGAAUGCGCUUGGGAACGCGAGACUUCAUCGUCGCGAGGAUCUCCAAGGUAGAGCAAAAGGUUGUCGAUCUCAGCGCGCAACGCAGGGCAUCACUCCAUGGCAGCACAGAGGCCAUGAACAGUUCCAUAACUGCCGAAGAUGACAACCCCUUCGAUCUCUCAGACGGCUUGACCUGGUGGAUGGUCCAUGCAGUGGAAGAACGAACCGCAGGCGCUGCACCUACGACCCCAGGUCUUGGAAAGAGCACAGUCAGCACGGCGAAUGUCGACGCCAAAGGGAGUAUCCGGAUCAAGAGAUCUAACAAGAGCGAUGAUGCCUCCAAGCAUCUUAACAAGAGCUUGGACAGUCGUCGGUCCAGUUCUACCAGUAAGAGAGGAGGGAAGAGUCCUGUUGUUGAGCCUGUUGGUGGUAGGGGACGCAGUGGAAGUCAAGCUAGUGGUGGUGGACAGAUUGCUCCACUGAGACCACUCCCUGCUCCGGUGUCUGGCUUGGGGAUUGGAGAGGGCUCAAUGGGUCCGCCUCCUGUUCCGAGUCCGCAGCCAUCGCAGCCAUCGCAGCAACCGCAUGAACAGACGAUCAGCGAACAACCUCGCCCGCGAUCCAGAUCACCCUCCAAAUCUGUCCGCUCACUUCAGCGACAUUUGGACCCCGCAGCGGGUACUUCAAGUUCAACAAGACCACAAAGUCCGAUGAAGACUUCACCUGCGAAAGCCAAAACGGGCAAUGGAUGGGAGAGUCUGUGGUCGGCUGAGUUUUCAGUUACGAGUCCAAGCAAGGGGGAUAAGAAGAGUGAGGGUUAA